CGAGGCGGUACGACGAUCCGUCCCCUGAUAUUCCCCUAUCAUCACCUCCCGUUGCUCUGUGCCCCUGUUUCUGCACGUGCGAAGCUUCUGAGCUCGAGCUUUCAACAUACUGUGAUCUAUAUCACGCUCACUUAGGCCUCGAUGCUCUUCUGAGCACUCCAUUAGAGCUUGGCGUGGCUCUUUCACUCCCAAGAUAGACUGCUACGAUGGAGCAGCCUCGCUCCGACUCUGCUUCGAGUCAUCUCAGGACGUCUUCAGUCUCGGAACAGCCAGGCUCUCCCUGGUCACGUCCUUCGUUCUCGCAAGCGUCUGGCUCCAUGGACGAAGCUCAGUGGCCUGAGCCUCCCCUAUCUCCCGGCUCUUCUUCCGGGCACUAUGAGGGUGAUCAUUCCAGGAGGAGGAAGAUCAGUGAGAGGGCCAAGGACCUCUUUAGAAGGAAAGCUACAGACAAAAAGGAUGGUACUCAAGGCUCUUCGACAUCCGACAAAGGCGGUCUGCCUUCCGCUCAGCCUUUGCCCGAUAAUCAGCUGCCGUAUCAGCCUCGGGUCAAGGUAGGUGCUGCACGGCCCCUAAAGAUUGCGCCGCCCAGGAGCCCCCUUAGCGCUGAGCCCUCGCCAUCUAGUCAGCAACAUCCCAGCAACAGCAAUCUCCCGUCGAUAGAGGCAAGGCUACACUCGGUGAUGCCGUCUGCCAAGGCUUCGACGUCUGGAGGCUCGUCUCACUCGCCCAGCCUUCGAUCGCCUUCGCCAGAAUCAGGGCCUUCACUGGCUGGAUCUCGGAGAGGGUCACAGCUGGCACCCCUGACCAUAGAUGAGACAGUGAUAAAGCCCAGAAUUAUCGAAGACAUCGAAACGUCAUCAGCAGACAAGACGCCUACCGUUGCCUUUGGCCGCUCGUCCGAGCUGCCGACUUCUGCAAGCGAUAUGCUUGGGACGCCUCGUCAGCCCAGUCGCAAGUUGUCCCUCACCAGAGGCACUGAAGUAGCAGGACCUUCUGUGGAAAGCCCUCCUACAAGGUCUCACUUCCAACUUCAUAGGCCGAGAUUGCCCCACCCUUCGCGGAAGAGCUCUGUUGACCUCAACCGAAGAACUGCUCGAGGACAGAAUGACUCUCAUGAGAAGGAGACGGCUGGGCCGCCAGGAGCCUUUCCAGUGGCCCCUUCCUAUCAUCCGAAUGCCCAUCCUACCCUGCAGCCUCCUCGCGUUGCCUUCAACAUCCUUGAUGGUCCCACCUCAAGGGACAAUGCCACUGCCUCGUCUGAGGAUGUCGGGGCCGGUGUGACACUACCUGAGGAGACUCUUCCGCCCGCCAGAUUGCAAAGGCCUGCUAUCAAAGUCAAGAUCAUCACCUGGAACAUGGGCGGAGGUUCGCUGCCGAAAGGCGACCUGGAGGUGCUUUUGGGCCGAGUCGGAGGAUAUGUUCCUCCGGACGAGGGCUGGGACCUCGACCCCGAAAGCGACGUCGAUGGCGGAGAAAGCUCCGACGGUGGGACCAAAGGCGAGGAUGCUGCUGCGCAGAGGGCGAAACGAAAGGCGCGAGGGAAAGGUGUUCCCGGGCAGGAAGGUACCCCGCGUCACGACCGGAUACCUCCUCUGCCCCACGAUGAUGGUCACCCGUACCAUCUGCUCAUUGUCGCUGGUCAGGAGUGCCCUUGGGGAGAUGGAAAGCGCAUUGCUACAGGACUGGGCGUCGCAGGCGAACUUGGCGAUCUGGCUCGGACGAAGAGCAAAGUACAGCCCAGCAAGGCAAUGAAAGACGCCGGUACGCCAAGUCUGGCAGGUGCCAUGGACCUUUGGUCCCCCGGCGUUGGCACACCAAGGGCACAGGCUGGAGAGGAGUUUCCCUUCGGCUCACCACCUCCAGCUAACACGAGCAGCGGCGUGCCGGCUCCAGCUCCGCACAGCAAAGGUCUCGGCGGGAAGGGCUGGAGUGAAGCAUGUGAAGACUGGCUAUGUAGAGGGCCGGCAGCGCAGACGCAAGCAACCAAGGGCCUGGCUGCUACGGCCGAAGCUAUCAUCCACGGCAGAGUCCCAGCUACGCAAGCGCCAUCACGAUCCGAAAGUCCAGAACCCUCUGCCUCUGUGUCUUCCCACACGGAAGGUGGCUCGAUGACGCAUUCCUCUUCCGACGACUUUGAGACCAUGUCACCCUUUGGUGGAUCGCCUCCUCAGCCUGGAAACUUGUCGAAGGGUCUCAUUGCUGGCCGAAGGCAGAGCACCGGCGGUACUUUGACCGUCCCGAAACCAGAUCUUGGUCGAGCAAGCAGCACCGGCACGGUUGGUCAAUUGGCAUCGGAGGAUAACAGCAGUAGCAGUGGCGCUAACAGUAUCAACACUGCAGCAGAGACAUUACGUGUUCCCUCCCCUGCGGGCCCAUCCCCUAGUGCACCUAUCGUCAAGGACUUUGCUGCGAUCCCUGCUCCGCCAACUACGCCCGAUGCCGCUACUGCUCGGGACAAUGCCAGGCGUCAAUUGCAUCUACAAAUCCCAGGUCAACACUCUGAGAACCCGCCCCACACCAUUGGAGCCUACGAGCUGAUCGCUAAGGAGCGCAUGGCGAUGGUCUACUGUGCCGUCUACGUGUGGCGAGGCUGUCGCGACCGGGUACGCGGCGUGUCACGAGGCCAGGUCAAGAGCGGACUACUGGCUGGUCGAGUCGGUAACAAGGGCGCUGUGGGCAUCAGCAUCAAGAUUGGCCAGACUAGACUGCUGUUCGUCAACUCUCAUCUUGCUGCUCACGAGGGCAAGGUGCAGACUCGCUUGGACAAUAUUGCAAAGAUCAAGCGAGAGUUGAGAGUUGACACCUUCCUCCCCACCGAUGAUCCGCGCAACCGUCUUGACGAUGUCACUGAGAUGUUCGACCACGCCUUCUGGCUUGGUGAUCUCAACUUCCGGGUCGACAUCACCAGGCAACACGCAGACUGGCUCAUCAUGCAACGGCGGUAUGACCAAGCCAUAGAGUUUGAUCAGCUUCGCAAGGUGAUGAAGGAGGGCAAGGAAUUCAAAGGCUUCAACGAACAUCCUAUCACCUUUCCUCCGACGUACAAGUAUGAUGUGCUGAAGACGUUGAAGAAACCGAAGAAGGAACGCACAGUCAGAAGGAUCCUGCAGAGGAGAGAUCACGCGGCAACGAACCUCGUCACGUCUCCGACCGACACUGCAGAUGAUCCGGACCUUGACAGCCCAGUUCGCUGGGAGGCGAUGGGUAGUGGAGAAACAACGGGACUGGUCGCCAAGCGCACUUCGCAGAUUCACCCGCAACAGCAGGGGACUCAAGCGGGACAGUCGCUGUCCGAUCGAGACAGAGAUCAAGAGUAUACAGAUGACGAUGCCAGCUCUAUCUCAUCAGCAGCUUGGGAUUCGUCAGGCUUUGCCAAUCAGCUUGGUACUGAUUCGGAUGAAGAAUCUUCCACGUUUGCUGCCUCCUCGUAUGGCGUCAGUCCAGUAGAUCCGGUAGUCUCGAGCAACACCAGUGCUGCUCAGGGUGGCGCUAUCUUCUCCCAUGGCGCUGCUAUAAAGGCCAAGCUUCGCAUCAUGGAUCUGGUACGUUCGGCGACUGGAGCAAGCAGUGAGCAUGGAUCUGCAAGCAAAAGAAAGGAGAAACAUCGAAGCCGGGACUUUUCGGCUGGAACCCCAAGCCAGCCAACUACUCCGAGGUCAGAUCGCAGCAGCCCAUUCUUCCCGCCUUCGCAGUCGGGAGAGCAGCAGGCUCUGUAUACCUCUCCGAAGGCCUCCGCCAGUGAAGCGCUGCCCGGGCUCGCCCGCAAAAUGUCGAGUAAGGCCGCUUCGUCUCUCCCUACCUUCUCUUCUCAGCCCGGCGACAAUGGCCUGAGGCAUCAGAGCUCAAUCGCUUCAAUGAACUCGGUACAAGGGUCAGCAGGAAAAGCGCCUAGUUUUGGCUCUAAGAGGCCUGCUGCAGGCCCAAGAACACAGACUCCUCCGACACUUGCGCAAUUUGGGCGCCGUUCGUCAAGUACUUUGGAUGCCGAGGCAGUCGCUGCAGGCAUGCCGCGAAGCGAAUCGACUGCCAACCAGCUCGCAGCUGAAGCCGAGAUUGAGGAACAGAGGUAUGACACAAGCGCAAAGCAGCGAGUACCCAGCUGGACGGACCGUAUUCUCUGGAGAAGCAACGUUCCACUCGCGCCUUCGGAAUCUGAGAGCGUGCCGGGCAAGAUGAGCAAGAGCCUAUCUGCCAUCAAGGCCGCUGCGGCUUCUACCUCUUCCCGAGCAUCGCAGCACGUCCCGCUUCCUGGUCACCAUGAAAGGCGAGGAGGCUCGUCUGUCCCGCUACCCAAGCGAUCUCAGACAUUCUCCCAUCCUGUCUCGAGCAUGGACAAGAAGAUCGCGGAAGAGGAUGUGGGCGGAUCUGACGAGGGGGGUGACUUACGGGACGCAGUUCCUCAGAGGGGCCGGGGAGGCACGUGGUUCAAUUGGCACGGCCCUCCCAAGAAUGGUAGCCGCGUGAGCAGCUUGGAUCUCUCUGGUGAUACAGCAGUCGUCAAGAGUACGAGAAAUUCGAUCGGCUCUGCGCUGUCUGUUCAGCCAACUCCGGACACUUCGAAGCGUUCAAGCAAUGAAGUAGUUCCCGUUUCGCCGAUAGACAGGCCCGCCGCGGCCAAGCCCUUGAUGCCCACCACGCCCAAACGGACGGCCUCUGCAGGACACACCUCGGCAUUUGCGCGUCCUUCGUACACCAGAGGACCCAUGAGCUCCCCUCGCCUGGCAGCACUUCGAGCGGUCAGCUCGCCGUACGACGCCAGUCACGAUCAGAGGCUGCCACCGUCGCCUAGCUCCGAGAGCCGCCCAGAAGUCCCACUCAGUGCGCCCAUGCAGGCCUCGGAUAGUAAUGGCAGCAACACACAUUCGAAUCGCAGAAUGACCAGCUGGUGGUCUUCACACAUGCCCUCUAUCUUGACGGCACAGGGAGCAGCAGCUGCUCUUGCCUCCUUUGGCGGACCGCGAGAUGGCCCUCACCAGGCGCCCGGCGAUCCUAUCAAUGUUGCAAUUGUACCGCCCAAGCCGGAGCUGAUUGGACCAAGGAAGGGAGAGGUGCAGUGUCUGCUCUACAAGAGCUUGGAUGAUCGGGAGAUGCGGGCCCUGGAAGGGAGGAGUGACCAUCGGCCGGUGAUCUGGAUCGGCAGCUGUGGAAUAUAAGGCGCGACCGUGCCUUCGCCAAGGUUGAUGGCUCAGUAUACACCCAGGAGAAGCUUGACAGCUUCCGCCUCACUUUUCCCAUUCUAUAGAACGUGGCGUGCCCUGCUUGUAACUGUAGCCAAUCAAUAUACCGACGUCCAUCUUCUUGCUG